AUGUUUUUGCUAACUGGUGUUGCUUUGACAACAAUUACAAUAUCAAACAAGUGUAACUUCACAGUUUGGCCAGCCAUUUCGUCAAUGCCAUAUGGAUCAGAUCUCUCGACAACUAGUUUUUCCCUUGAAAAGGAGGAGUCAAAGAACAUAGCAACACCAGAUAACUGGUCUGGUCGUGUGUGGGGUCGCACAAAUUGCACUCAAGAUGAUACAGGAAGAUUCUCCUGCUUCACAGGAGACUGUGGCUCCGGCAAAAUACGGUGUCCAAAAGGAUAUGGCUCGAGUCCUAUGACGUUGGCAGAGUUCCAGCUUGAUUAUUCUGCUGCACUUGAUCUUUUUUAUGUUAGUUUUCUUGAUGGCUACAACCUGCCUUUGCUUGUUGAGUCUUCUGAUCAAAGCUGCUCAAGCGCGGGAUGUGCGGUGGAUUUGAACAGCUUGUGUCCUAGUUCAGAACUUAUGGUUAAUAGAUCUGAUGGUAAGAUAGCAGGAUGCAGGAGCCCUUGUACAGCCUAUGGAUUAUCACAAUAUUGCUGUAAUGACACGCAUAGUACACCUGAUACUUGCAAGCCUUCUUCUUAUUCUCAAACUUUUAAGAAGUCGUGUCCAAAAGCUUUUUCUUAUCCUCUUGAUGCUGAGACUAGUGGCUUCACUUGUGCAUCAAUGAAUUACCAUAUUACCUUCUGUCCAGGAAACACAACAAACUCUUCAGAAACUACCGAAUCGCUGGUGCCAUCACCAGGAGAGGUAACACCAAGCCAUAUCCCUUCGCCACAAGAGAUAAUACCAAACCCUUUGCCAGAAAUAAGGCCUAAUACAACUCCAAGACGUUCGGCUUCAAUUAUAGCAGGUGUUACAGGUAGUGGUCUUCUUAUCAUUUCUUUUGUAGUGAUUCUUAUUUUGAAGGCCAAAUGGUGUUGGAAGUCUGAAAAUGUUGAGCAGGAUGUGGAAUAUGAUCAGAUAAAGCAAGUUCCAGGAAUGCCUGUGAGAUUUUCAUAUGAAGAACUUUGCGUUGCAACCGAUGAUUUCAAGGAGAUGCUUGGAAGAGGAGGCUUCGGGUCUGUAUUCAAAGGAAAAUUGGCAGAUGGAACAGAAAUUGCUGUGAAGAGGUUGGAGAAAUUAGGCCAAGGAAUGAGUGAGUUUUUAGCAGAAGCCGAGACAAUUGGAAGUCUGCACCAUUUUAACUUGGUGAGGUUGAUUGGAUUUUGCGCAGAGAAAUCCUUUAGGCUUUUGGUUUUUGAGUAUUUGACCAAUGGGUCGUUGGAUAAUUGGAUUUUUAUGAAUGUCCAAAGAUCUUUGCUUGAUUGGCAGACCAGGAAGAAGAUUAUACUCGACAUAGCAAAAGGGCUGGCUUAUCUUCAUGAAGACUGUCGACAUACCACAGUACAUCUUGAUGUAAAACCACAGAACAUUCUUUUGGAUUCGAAUUUCCAUGCCAAAAUGGCUGAUUUUGGGUUAUCCAAGCUAAUUGAUAGAGACAUUAGCCGAGCUCAAAUCACAAUGAGAGGAACCCCUGGAUAUAUUGCUCCAGAAUUGUGUAUAUCAUCGGGUUGUGUAACUGUAAAAGUUGACAUAUAUAGCUUCGGAAUUGUUCUCCUUCAAAUAGUUUGUUCACGCCGAAAUGUAGAUGAAUCGCUGCCAGAAUCUGCCUUUCAUUUGCUUACAACGUUACAGAAGAAAGCUGAUGAAGAUAGAGUAAGAGACAUGGUGGAAACUUCUGAUGAAUACACGCAGAGUGAUCGAGACGAAAUACUCAGGAUGAUACAUGUUGCUGCUUGGUGUUUGCAAGAUGACCCUGAAAGAAGGCCUCUCAUGUCCACUGUUUUGAAAGUGUUGGAAGGUGUAAUGGAGGUAGAUUCAAACAUCAAUUAUCAGUUUUCGCAUGCAUUGAUUUCUUCUUCUGUUGGCAGCAACCAUAUUUGUUCAGCACCACCUCUAGCAUCUGUUCUUUCUCAUCCAAGGUGA